AUGAGCUCCGCAUCUGCGUAUGGUCUGGACGGACAAGCGAGGUCUCUGUGCUCGCUGUAUCAUCCAUCGCUAAACUCCCAGGAGUGUCAUCGCUUUCUCAUCGGAACUGCGAAACCUUCGGCAGAGAACAAGAUUCACCUCGUCGAGUAUCAGGACGACACGAAGUCAUUAGAGUGUGCCACGGUAUGGUCACACAAUGACCCAGUGAUGGGGUUGUGGUGCUCACCCUCUCUUUCGGCGGACAGUCUCCUCGCUGUCUCAUCGCUGCAGAAAUCGGAGGUUUUCCGAAUUUCGGAAAAUGUACUGAGUGAGCCCAAGUGCAUUGCCACAAUGAACAAGAGCUACAGCCGUGUGCUAUGGGAUUUGGACGGACUUCAGAGAGAAUUCAGGGCAGUCCAUCAAAACACACUGACCACAGUCUUGUUGAGUUCCUCUAAGCUCGGUUCGGAAACGGUCAACUACACAAGCAGUGGAGGCGUCAUUCGCUGUGCUGCCUUAGCGCCUUACGACCCCACUCUCUGUCUUAUCUCUUGUGAUUCUGAUGGGCUGCAGCUUGUUGAUCUGCGCAGCAAAAAAGCGUCUUCCUUCGCGGGCACCAAGUACACUCACGGUUUCGGCUACACGACGGCGGUUGACUUUGAUCGCUUAAAGCCCGGGCAGUUUCUCUCCGCAGGCACAGACGGCUACGUGUACAUUCACGACAUCCGCUACAAUACCUCCUGUUCUCUCGCAAUGCUGCGGCACAUGAAGGCACAUGAGCACGCGGUGCAGAGCUGUCUGUUCAAUUCAUUUCGAGACGAACUUGUUCUGUCGUGUAGCUCAGAUGAAACUCUCAAGCUGUGGGAUGUUGAGGAUAACAACGAACCAAAGUGCCUUCGGCGACUAGCAGACUACGGAGACAGCGUCGUUGCCCUCUGUUGGAGUGGCAAUAGCCCGUGGGUGUUUGCAGGUCUGUCUUUCAACGGAAAACUCCUCGUUGACACUGUUCCCAACGAAAAGAAAAUGAGUAUUUUGCUCGACGAAAAGAAGUGGUGCGAGACCUGA